AUGGAGGGACACAAUGAGGGCCUCGAGAUCGACAAGGCCGCUCAGAAGCUCACCGAUGAGAUACAGUCUAUGAGCAAUUAUAAAAAUCUCUACAAUGAAAUUCAGAGACUGGUCGCCUCGUCGGUGGUCAAGAAGGAGAAUUUUAAGGGCACGCUGACGGAAGCGCUGAAGAAUAAUGGACUGGAGACAGAGAUCAGAAACACGGUGUUCCACUGGGCGCGUUCUCAAGGCCAUCUUCGACCCAAGCCGGAGGUGAGGCCGCCCGAAGCUGACCUCAAUUAUCUCAGGAAGACGCAGAUCCAAUGGGAGAGGAGGAUUCAGAAAUCUUUGAAUUCCAUGUGCAAUGAAUUGAAUGUUCCGCUUGCCAGGAUACGACCUAGUGCUGAUAAGGAAGAGCUCGCGGAGAAGUGGAACGAGCUGAGUACUUAUGAUAUCGAUUUAUCUCAGUACAGACCGCUGUACGCGCCCAAGGACUUUCUCGAGGUUCUAUUCUCCGUUCGUGAUCCCGCAUUUAAGAAACAGCCUAGUGAACCCAACUGGGAGUUCAGUCAUAUUCAGAUACGUGUGAAGCAACUCGCGCAAUUGAGGGAAACUUACGCUGAAUUAUCGCAAGGGGUAGCUCUACUGGGAGUCAAUGGGGAAAUGCCAGCCGCGGGGAAUUUCCCCAAUCUCGAAGCGGAGAGAACUGUUCUGGGGGAGAAGGUCUUGUCCUUGAAUCAUGCUCCCAUAGCUCAAGAAUUUCUGAAACGCGGAGCCCCGAGAGCUUUAAGGGGCCAACUCUGGUCGCUUGUGCUGGGAUCAAUUGUUAAAGACACUGACAUCGAAUACUACGAGGAACUGAAGAGUAUGGUUCUUCAAUACGAUAUAAUGGUGGACAAAUUGAUCAUUAAGGACGUGCAGUUGACAGCCAGCAAUGACGAUCAGUACUUCGUCUUUGAAGACGUACUUUACAAAACGAUGUUAUGUUUUUCGCGGGAUUCGGAGGUUUUGGCGCCUGUAACGACGGACAGAAGUGCAGGGGGACAGGUGAUUCACGCGGUGCUCCAGGGGAAGCCUGCCGCACUGGAGAAUACUCUGGUGUUUCCACCGAGUGGAGUCAUUCCUUUUCAUGGUUUCACGAUGUAUGCUACACCUUUCUGCUACCUCUACGACGAUCCCUGCACAAUGUACUACACAUUCCGGGCAUUUUACCUGCGAUAUUGGUUUCGCCUGCAUACUGUAUCGAGUCAUGAACAGGGAAUCGUUGCAUUAUGCUUAUUAUUCGAGAGAUUACUCCAGUGUCACGAGCCCCAGCUCUGGGCGCAUUUCCGCAGCAUGCAGAUACAACCUGUUAAAGUCGUUUUUAAGUGGCUGAUGAGGGGAUUUAGUGGGCAUCUGCCUCCGGAGCAGCUUCUCUACCUCUGGGAUCUCAUCUUGGGAUAUGAUUCACUGGAAAUUAUUUCAUUGCUAGCUGUCACCAUAUUGAGCUUUCGAAAAGAAAAUCUGCUGCAAGUUAAUAAUCUUCAUAAUGUAGAAGCUGUUCUGGCUGAUUUAUCAUCUCUCAAAGUGAUGCCUCUCCUUCAACUCGUUCUAAUCAAGGAAUGA